AUGUCAACUCCCCCAACACACGUUCCUUCACCAAAACCUCAAAAGAGAAAAUACCCAUCGCCAUCACCUUCACCAUCACCUUCGAAACGCAUACUGCCAAAUUCAUCCUCACUUUCCUCUAGCUCAAUACGCUUGCCUCCACGAACCAAUAAUCACAACCAAACAUCAUUGUUAUCGCCGACCGCAAGUUCGAACGCAUUACCGCCGAGCAAGCGGAUAAAAUCAGAUGACUCAGUAAGAGAAGAUAGCGGGGUUCAUAUUGACGAUAAAGAGAGUGAUAGACGAUUGGGAAUAGCACGAAUUGGGACUGGGCCUGGAAAAAAGAAAAACGCGGGAAAGGUUGGAGGAGAAGGAAACGUCACAGAAAAAGGUGAAAAAGUGAAAUCAACUAAAUCGAGUGGAAUGGAAAGAAUAUCUUCUUCAUCUCCCAAGACAAAGCUCUCCUUGUCAUCUCCACUUGCUUCGUCUUUUCCGCAAGGACAGCAAUCUAAUGACCUGGAAAUAGUUCCGUAUCGGAGUUUAAGUUCAAGCUUUGAGGAUGAACAGGACGAAAAAGUCAAAAGUGAAGCUAGUGAUGGUGAGGUGAAAAAGGUUGGAAACGGCACAAUACGUAAUGGGGUUAAUAAUCGGACAAUGGGAGGGACGAGCAGCACUGACGAUCACAGCGAUUGUCCUUCAACUCCAGUGAAACCCAAACAACGUCAAAACUCAAAGAGAUCACUCAACACUUCGACUUCUGCAAAAAAUUCAUCACGAUUAUCAUUAAAACCAUCUCAUUCCUUACCAAAAAAUUCGACAUCUCGAGUGUCAGUGUCUCCACCUGUUCGAGAACGUACGGCUGUAAUGGAAGAACGAGAAGGUCUAAUUAAAAUGUGUAUGGUUCGGAAUGAUGAUUCUGAAGAAAGUUUGGUUUUACUGACAGGGUUAAAAUGUGUGUUUCAAAAUCAACUGCCAAAGAUGCCGAAAGAGUAUAUUACGCGAUUGGUUUAUGAUCACGACCAUCAAAGUCUAGCACUAAUAAAACCUCACCCGGAUAUAUAUAAAAUAAAAAUAGUCGGCGGUGUUACAUUUCGUCAGUUUCCUUCACAGAAGUUUGCUGAAAUUGUUUUCUGUGCGGUUAAUUCCAUGGAACAGGUCAAGGGAUAUGGCAGUCAUUUGAUGAAUCAUCUCAAAGAUUGGAUCAUAAAAAGAACUCCCGUCGAAUAUUUCUUGACGUACGCUGACAAUUAUGCGGUUGGGUUUUUUAAGAAGAAUGGAUUUACUACAGAAAUAUCAUUUCCAGAAAGCAUGUGGAGAGGAUAUAUCAAAGAUUAUGAUGGAGCAAACAUAAUGCAGUGCCAAUUAAUAAAGAAAGUUGAAUAUCUUAAAACUGACGAAUUAUUAUCGAAACAGAAAGAAGCAAUACGAGAACGCGUAUUCUCCAAACUGGAUCAUGAUCUGCCGACGUAUAAUGGAUUGUCUUUUAGUAAAAAUGGAAAGAAAGAUCCAAUGGAAAUUCCCGGGCUGAAGGAAUCAGGUUGGACACCCGAGAUGGAUAAGAACGCUAGAACGGGCAAACGUCCGAGUCAUUACGCAGGAAUGGUUUCUUUGUUAGAUGAACUUAAAAAACAUAACUCAUCGUGGCCGUUCCAAAAGCCAGUAGAUCCAGAAGAGGUACCUGACUAUUAUACUGUCAUUACGAACCCUAUGGACUUGUCCACUAUUGAUCGCAAGAUAAAAGCAAACAAUUAUAAAACAGUCAAAGACUUUGAAGAUGAUGUGCGGAAAAUAUUCAAGAACUGUAGAGUGUACAAUGCAGAGGGGACUUCUUAUGUUAAGCUCUACACUUUUCUCACUCGUGGCGAAUAA